UCCAUUUUGAUGAAUUUACAUAUUGUUGUUCUGUUCAUGAAACUUGGAACUUGAAGAAACAAUGCUGAGAUUUUCGAUUCCGCCUUCCGCCAUGGACGCUUCAGCUUGGCGAGGAUUGGCGUGCACCGCGUUUCUUCUCAACUUCGUCCUCGUCUGUCAGCUUCUUCUCCUUCAACCUUUGGUUUCGGCUUCAGAUGGAAAGUUGGGUAACUCUGCUGAGUUGUUUGAGAAAGUUUCACGAAAUGUAAAGGUGAAACGUUAUAGUGAGGCACUUGAUGAUCUUAACGCUGCUAUCGAGGCAGACCCAAAACUUUCAGAAGCAUAUCUCCAUCGUGGUUCAAUUCUUCGGCAGUUAUGCAGAUAUGAUGAAUCAGAGAAGAACUACAAGAAGUAUCUGGAGUUAAAACCUGAAAAUUCAGCUGGUGAAAAGGAGCUUUCUCAAUUGCUUCAGGCUCAGAGUGCUUUAGAUACGGCCCUUAAGCUUUUUGAUUCGGGAGAUUACACAAAAUCAUUGGAAUUUUUGGAUAAAGUUGUACUUGUUUUUUCUCCAGCAUGCUCUGAGGCCAAAUUACUGAAGGUCAAAUUGUUUUUGGCAAAUAAGGACUAUUCUGCUGCCAUUUCUGAGACUGUACAUAUUCUUAAAGAAGAUGAAAGCAAUCUGGAAGCAUUAUUGCUUCGUGGGCGUGCCUACUACUAUCUGGCAGAUCAUGAUGUUGCCUCAAGGCAUUUUCAGAAGGGUCUUCGCCUAGAUCCAGAGCAUGGUGAACUGAAGAAAGCGUAUUUUGGAUUGAAGAAUCUGCUCAAGAAGACCAAGAGUGCAGAAGAUAAUGUCAGUAAGGGUAAGCUGCGGUUAGCAGUGGAGGAAUAUAAUGCAGCCCUUGCAUUAGACCCCAAUCAUCUCGCACAUAAUGUACAUCUUCAUCUUGGCUUAUGCAAGGUGCUGGUCAAGCUUGGUCGUGGAAAGGAUGCUGUUACCAGUUGCAAUGAUGCACUAAACAUUGAUGGAGACCUUAUUGAAGCUUUGGUCCAGAGAGGUGAAGCAAAGCUUUUAACAGAGGACUGGGAGGGUGCUGUAGAAGAUCUUAAGUCAGCAGCUCAAAGUUCACCACAGGAUAUGAAUAUUAGGGAGGCACUGAUGAGGGCUGAAAAGGCUUUAAAAAUGAGCAAAAGAAAGGAUUGGUACAAAAUUUUGGGGGUUUCAAAGACUGCUUCUGUUGCUGAGAUCAAACGUGCCUAUAAGAAGCUUGCUUUGCAAUGGCAUCCUGACAAAAAUGUUGAUAAUAGAGAAGAAGCUGAAGCCAAGUUCCGCGAUGUUGCUGCUGCAUAUGAGGUUCUCGGCAAUGAAGACAAACGUACAAGAUAUGAUAGAGGGGAAGACAUUGAAGAGAUGGGCAUGGGUGGAGGAGGUGGUUUCAAUCCUUUUGGCGGCGGAGGACAGCAAUUUACAUUUUCUUUUGAGGGCGGAUUCCCUGGUGGAUUUGGUGGCGGUGGUUUUGGUGGAGGCGGCUUUCCCGGUGGUGGUGGCUUUCCUGGUGGUGGUGGUGGUGGGUUUGAGUUCCAUUUCUGAUUUCAGCAACAGCAUUGGGUCCUCUUUUUCUCUGAUAUCUUUAUGGUGAUUACAAAACAUCGGCUUUAAUGGGGAUCAAAAUAUUUAAUUGCUGAAAAGUAGAAAUACCUUAGGUUACAGAUAGAGGCCUUUUAGUUGAGGAAAAUGUUCAUUGAGCAAGUUUUUUCCAUGCUAAAGCAAGAGUUGUAAUACCUUAAUGUAUAAGCUUUCAUUUACCAUUGCUUAGAUUGUCUUUUUUGCCACUUAACAAGUUUACUUUGAAGGUAAGUUCAUCA